AUGUUUGUUUACUGGAAAGUGUCAUCAUCAUCAACAACUGAUCUUCGGGAUCAAUGUAAAAAUUUACAGAUACCAAAUUUAUUAGAUUCCUCAAAUUAUCAUGUUAGUAUUAUGAGUAGUAACAAUGUUGCAGAUAAUUAUACAUGUAAAAAUAGUUUUGAACCAGUUAUGGCCAAACCGUUGAGCUAUUUAUGUCGAAAAAAUGCUACAACAAAUACGAAUGUAUUACUGUUACGUUUAGAAUGUCAGCCGUGUUUGGAUCGACAUCAAGAAUUGAAAGAAAAAUAUCACUUAAUACACCGUUUCAAUGAUUACGAACCGCAUUUAACACUCUCAUAUGAUGUCGGUAUGAACUUUGAUCCACAAUCAGUUCCAGUACCAAACAGUCAACUUGAAUUGAACGAAGAAUGCGUAGAAGAACAAAAUUCAGAUAAAAUUAAACAAUUAACAAACGAUAAAUCUACAAAAAAUUAA